UAUCGAUAAAUCCUAAAUCCAAAUCGAAAAUUAGUGAAAAAUGAACAAAAACACUGCAAUAUUAUUUAUCACAUUAUAUAAUUUUUUUCAUUGAUAACAUAUACAGUCAGAUUGUUUAAAAAUGGGAGGCAAACAGAGUUCUCCUAGAGUUAGAAAUAGUGAUGGAUAUUAUCAUUAUUCAUCUGCCACAUCUAGUAUAUUACCUCAGGAUCAAAACACCUUAGAUGAUUCCUCCCAACUUAAUAACAGACCCCGUGCCAGAAGCCUAUUUUCUAAUUUAAAUGAUACAAAUUUUGAUGAUUUAAGUUUCCCCUCAUCUUCAAAUAAUAAUUUAUCCUCCUUAACAUCACCUUCAUUUUUGAAUAAUUCUGAUGAUAAUUCACCCAUCAAUUCAUUACUUUCUACUAGAUUUUUAGCCCUAACACAAUCCUUGCCCUCUUCGUUUUUCACAUUUGAAGAUUUAAAAUGUCCCAUUUGCACUCGAAAACUCCCGUCCGACGACAUCGAAUAUCAUCUCAUCCUAUGCCUAACCAAACCUCGAAUCAAUUACAACGGUGAAACUCUCAAAGAUGACAAAGGCGAAUGUACCAUAUGCUUGGAAGAUAUGUCCAUAGGGCACGAUAUCGCUCGAUUACCUUGCCUAUGCAUUUAUCACAAAGAAUGCAUAGAUAAAUGGUUUACCAAGAGUCGUUCUUGUCCAGAACACCCCGUGGAUUGAUUAAACAGUAUUUUAAGGAAAAAUAGAUUUGUUCAUUAUAAUUGCAUUUUUCAUUUUUUUUUCGCAAACACAAAAAAAAAUUAUAUAGGAUUUUUUAAAAAAUAUUAUAUUUGCAAUUUAAAAAGAUGAUAUUUCGUUUUAAUUUCACUAUUAGUUUAACGAUUAAAAAAUCUAUAAUAUAUAUUUAAAUUUAUAUAAAAUAUUUGCAAAAAAAAAUAUCCCUUGCUCAUUUGUAUACUACUAUAUUUUUCAUAUUACUAUUUCUUCUUUUUUUUGAUUUAUCAUAAAAUAGAAGAUUUUGACGCGAAAAGCGAUAUUUUUAAUAAGAAAAAAAACCCCUAUUUCAACAUUUACCUUAUACUUAUAUUUUUUUUACACACUUCUCACUCCCAUAUAUAAGAUAUACCACUACUAACCAGAAAUUUGUAAAUUAUGUAUGUCUAUGCCCCAUAGUUCAUUUAAUUUUUGUAUAAGUUGUUUGUUUGGGCAAUAUAUUUUAGCACAUUCUUGUUUACGAAAUGUAAAUUGAGCUUUGGGCGAAGCCUAAUCUGUUUACUCCGAAACUCUUGCAGGAUAACGUUAAAGAAUGUCAAAACUAUAAAUCAGUCUGCCUUACAUAUUUAGUAAGCCCCCUUCCACCCGCCCCACUUAAAAAUAAAUAAUGACACUACCCUGAGGUGAAAUGUAUCGAAGCAAAAUUUCCGAAUUAUUUUUUUUAAAGCUUUUUAUUUCAACAAAUGAAAUAAACAUCCCCUUCCCCUCCCAUAAUAUCGAUAUUGAAUAUGCAAAAAUUUGAUACUAAAUUAUUUUUCAAUUCCUCGUGUCAAUUAUAUAUUUAUUUUUUUUAAUUUAUUUAAAAAACAAAUUAUUUUGUAUAUAAUAAUUUUUUGCGGGUUUUCUUUAUUCAUUAAAAGAAUGGAUGUUUUGCCCAUAAACCUUUUAAGAAAUAAAAAGAAACUUUUUAAGGGUCCAUAUUAAAUUUUAAUCAUUCAUUGAGUUUUCAUUAUCCUAUUUUAUUGGCACAUUCUGAUUAAUGUUUGUGAAAACCUGCCAAUUAUAUAUCGGAUUAGUCUUAAAAAUCACUAUAUUAUAUUGAUUGUUAAAAGGGAAAGGAUUAUUUUUAAUUUCGAGUAUCUUCAAAAAAAAAAUUUCUCUGUGAUAUAUAAUCUUAUUAUUUUAUUGUAUUUCAUUAUUGAUAUCUAACAGCUAGAAUGGAGUGAUCA